CAGCAAAGAUGACCAGACGCUGGACUGGGCUUUCUGGGCAAGACUUGGGUCAUUUAAUAAGGGUGUUUGUGAUCCACCGCCAUCAUCCAAAAUCCUGAACAUAGCUCUGGAAAUUCUGGUGUGGGAGCGGGCACAUCAACCCAAGCUUGGAAUUUGGCAAAACUGAAGCACCACCAAAUUACGGGACACUGUUUUCUGUCUCUUUAAAAGCAAACAGGUCCUCUGCUGGCCCCACCCAACCUCAGCUUCCUGGCUCAGCGCUUUCAAGGGUGCGAACUCUCUCCUCACAGUUAAAGCACAAGCAGCAGCUGAAAGAGCUCCGUUGGAGAAGACCCGGGAACUCCUCAGCGGGUUGAAGGGAAGCAAAGUUCAGGGACAUAAGCUGAAACUGGGGAUUGGUAACAGGAGGGAAGGUGCCCGUGGACUCUACAAGGUAUUGUGGCUUCUGCUCUGAGGGGUUGGACUGUGGUUCCCUGCUCCCCAGCGGUGCAGAGGAGGACCUGCUGCCCCCGCCCCCUCCGGCUGACUCUCAGCACAGUCUGCAGUUCUGCCAGACCUGGAGGGGACAAACAGCAUCUCACCUUGGAAAUAGAGUGUCUUGCAGGAAGCUGCACCCAGAUUCUCUUGAACCAGCAUGGCCGGCCUUCAGGACAACACUCUGAGGAUUGUUCUGGUGGGAAAAACUGGAUGUGGGAAAAGUGCAACAGGAAACACCAUUCUUGGGAAAAGAACAUUUGAUUCUAGAAUUGCUCCCGGGUCUGUUACCGAGAAAUGUCAGAAAGAAGAGAGGGCCUGGAAGGGGAGGAAGCUUCUUGUUGUGGACACCCCCGGGCUCUUUGACACUGAGAAGGCGCUAUCGACCACCUGUAGGGAAGUCAGCCAGUGUGUCCUCUUCUCCAGCCCUGGGCCUCACGCCAUCAUCCUGGUUGUACCUCUGGGCCGCUUCACGCAGGAGGAGCAAAGAACAGUAGAAUUGAUCAAGGUCAUCUUUGGGAAGUCAGCCAUGAAGCACAUGAUCGUCUUGUUCACUCGGAAAGAAGAAUUGGAAGGUUAGGAGCUCAGUAGCUUUUUAGAAAAUGCAGAUGAACGCCUAAAAACCAUUAUGAGGGAGAGUGGGAAUCGCCGCUGUGCCUUCAACAACAGAAAUGCAGACGAGGCUGAGAAGGAAGCUCAAGUGCAGGAGCUGGUGGGGCUGAUCGAGGCAAUGGUGCAGGAGAACGGAGGGGCUCACUUUUCGGAUCCCAUCUACAAGGACACAGAGAAAACAUGGAAACGUGUGGAAGAGUCACUGAACAAAAUUGCUGCUGAACGAGCACAUAAGGAAGAAAAGGUAAAAGAGAAAUAUGAUCGAGGAGAGAUAUCAAAGCAAGAAAUGGAGAAACAAAUGGCAUCCAUAAAGGAGGAAUAUGAACACAAAAUGAAAAUUGUAAGGGAAGAAGGUGAAGCAAAUAUAUUUAAAAGUAUUUUCAAACGGAUUUUUGGUAUGCUUUCAAAUAUAUGGCAUAGGUUCUGUAACUGAUGCAAAUUUUAUUUUUUCUUCUUAAUUACUGUGAUUUGUCAAUGUGGUAGAUUGUAUUUUCCAAAGAUGGCUAUAAUGAUAUCCACUACCCCAGCUCUGCUUCUUGUACUCUGCGCUGUUGCUCCUUCUGUUGGGUGAUGGGGACUGUGUCCCCUCCUUCAAAUUCCAUGGACUCUGUGACUGCUUUGAUGAGUAGUGGCUGGUCUGACUUCUGAAGUUAGACGGGGACAGUGUUGCCUUGCUCUCUGGGGUACCUGCCCUCAGAACGUGGCCCCCGUGCUGUGAGGAAGCCCAUGUUGCCCAUGGAGAGGCCCCAGGAAGAGGACUGGAAUCCUGGCCCCGUCCCCUGCCUGCUCUUCCAUCUGCCAGUGAGACCACCUGCCAGCCGUGCAGGUGUGGGCACAGGGCGGUGGGCUCUCCAGCUACCAGCAGAGCCGCCUCAGGGGAAGCUGCAGACAGCAAAGCUGGGCCAUCCCCACCCCAUCCCGCCCAGUUUGUAGAUUCAUGAGAAAAAUAAAUGAUGCUGUUUCAAA